GUAUCUUUUUGCAGGCAAAGGGCGAGUAUCUUUGAACUUAGUCCACAGAUAUGGCCCAUGUUUUCAACAAGAAGGAGGAGACAAACAAAAAAUUCCAUCUCCAAGAGAAAUUCUUGAACAAGAUCAGGCUCGUGUUAAAUGGCUUCAUUCAAGAAUCUCAAAAUACACAGGCCGUUCUGACAAAAAGAACACAAACGAAGUAGUAAUCCCGGCCACGCUCAACGAUUCAUUGGGUACUUUCAAUUACAUUGUGAGAGUGGGCUUUGGCACCCCGCCGCAAUUUGUUCCAUUGGUAUUUGACACAGGAAGUGAUAUUACGUGGCUACAGUGCGAUCCUUUUUGCCGAAACGGCAAUUGCCAUCCACAGAAAGAUCCUAUAUUUAACGCUGAAGCAUCCUAUACAUACGUUAGUAUGUCUUGCUCGACAACUGUGUGCAGCUCAUUCACGCCCAGUAUAGGUAAAUUGAACCUGUUGAUAUAAAUCUGAAAUUAUGAAAUAUUGAAUAGAAAUUUACUGACUUGUUUUCUUAAUGUAAAAAGACCCAUCCACUUGUGAACCCUCAACAUGUACAUAUGAAGUCUCUUACGGAGACGGUUCAACUUCCUCGGGAUUUCUCGCCCAGGAUAGACUUUCCUAUACAACUUCUGAAGUUUUCCAUCAAUUCUACUUUGGUUGCGCCAAAAACACCUCAGGGUCUCACGGUUUUGAGGCUGGUAUGCUGGGUCUUGACAGAAGUCCACUUUCAUUCCCCUCUCAAACUGCAUACAGGUACAAUAAGUUCUUCUCUUACUGCCUUCCUUCCUCACCCAACCACGUAGGUCAUCUAUCUCUUGGCAGACUUGAAGGCUACCUAAGAUCAGUAAAAUACACCCCUAUCCCACCUGCAUACAAAAAUUCACCUUUCUACGGCAUUGAAAUAACAGGAAUCAGUUUUAACGGCAAAAACCUAACCAUUCCUCCAUCGGUUUUCUCAAAUGCUGGAGCUAUUAUUGACUCAGGUACCGUGGUCUCACGCCUGCCACCGGAUGCAUACCCGGCUUUUCGGCAUGCAUUUCGUGAAUCCAUGUCCGGGUAUCGCUGGAUACCCGAUGGUUUCGGUAUACUCGAUUCGUGCUACGAUAUUGGUAAUCAGAAAAAUUUUCCUGUGCCUGCUGUGAGCUUCUUCCUUGGUGGUGAUGUUGAGGUGAAGCUUCAUCCCUCGGGGGUUAUUUAUGCGCCUGAUGAGUCGACGGUGUGUCUUGCUUUCGCUGAAAAUCAUAAUCAGUUUGAAGAAGCUAUUUUCGGAAACAUACAACAAAAGCAGCUAGAGGUGGUGUAUGACGGCCUCGAUCAGAGGGUCGGGUUUGUUCCCUGGGGCUGCAACUAAUUAGAGAUCCUGUUCUUCAAAUUGAUCAAGUAGCUCUAAAUUUAUUUCAAUUAUUUGAUUGUGUCAAAUUAAUCGCUGUCUCAUUGCAAAAUGAAAGUAAAAAUAAACUAAUUAUUUGUAAUAGAAACCAAUCAUUUGUCUUUCAUGUU